CUGAUGUGCGGUAAAAAAAAUCAAAAAAGUUCAGCAGACCUGCACAUACUUUCUCAACUGCAGCUCUAUCAAUUCAGAAACAGGUUUUAAUUCUCGAAAGGAACUUUUAAAGUUCGUACAUAUAAAGGACAGCAAAAUGCCUCGCCGGCAGGCCAAUUUGCGCGGCCCCAAAGAUACCACUUCGAAGAAGCCAAAGCAGAAGCGAAAGCUCGGACGAAACCUGGAUGUUCUUUCUAUCGCUGAGAGUCAGUAUCCUGAUAAGCUUGGAGUUAGACGUAACCGCCUAGGUGACGAUGACGACUUUUCCAAACGCAAACGGGAUUCCGGUCGGAAUAAAGACGAUUCAGAUGGCCCAGAUAGCAAGCGUCGUCGAACUGACGACAUGUCGGACUCUAAUAAUAGUGGAAGUGAUGGAGAAGGUCAUAGAUGGAAACUAGGGGAGGUUGACAGCGAUAACGACAGUGAGCUGGAUAGUGACGAGGCUAUGGGCUCGAGUGAUGAGGAGAGAUUUGAAGGGUUCAAAUUUCGAGGAAGCUCCACGACUGCAUCCAAGCAGAAGCGGGGAGACGUUGGCGGAAAGAAACGACGCCACGAUAUUGAUCUCUCCGAAAACGUUGACGGGUCAGGUGAGGAGGAUUGGGAGGAAGACGAUGAUUUAGGCGAGGAUGCUGUCGAUCUCACUACUGCCUGGGAUAUGAAUGCGGCAGAGGAAGAUGACGAGAAGGCACCAACGAAAACAAAUAAACCUACGAGAGCGGACUUCUCAGAACAGCCUGAUGAACCUGAUUCGGGAUCCGAAGGGGAUUAUAGUGACGAGUCCAGCGACGAUGAGUCUGGAUUAUCGCUCUCAGAUGACGAGGCAGACGCUGCAGACGAACGUGCGCUCUCUAAGCUACAAAGCUUCGUCAAUUCCAUGGAGACAGAUGUUACUAGCAAACCCAAGAAAGUAGCCGGUACCGGGCAGGAGCAAGGAAACCCCACAGAAUACGGGUUGACUUCUACACGAAAAUUGACAGUGGCUGACCUUCUGCCCUCCAUCACGGAUUCUCGUUUAAAGAGUUCACUCAAGCACAUUGAUUCCGCUACCUCACAGAAGCCGCAAUCAGUGGGUAUUCCAGGAAAGCUUGAGGCGCCUCCUCCAAAACGCCAGCAGGAUCGACUGGACCGGGCAGCCGCUUACGAGAAGAGCAAAGAGACCCUCGAUCGAUGGAUUGAGACUGUCAAAGCCAAUCGCAGAGCCGAGCACCUUUCGUUUCCCCUGCCCGACCCUGAUGCUCAGCAGAGCCACAGACUGGGCGCUGUGAAACCGCACACUGACCUUGAGAACACAAUCCAGAACAUUCUUGUCGAAAGCGGCUUGGUACAACCAGAUGGGAAGUCGGCGGAAGAUCAGGUCAAAGAGUUUGAGGAGCUACAAGCAAGGAAAAUCCCUCUCGAGGAACUACGUGCGCGUAGAGCGGAAUUGCGAAAGCACCGCGAUCUGCUAUUCCGGGAAGAAGUGCGCGCGAAACGUAUCAAAAAAAUCAAGAGCAAAGCCUAUCGUCGUGUCCAUCGCAAGGAACGGGAGAAAAUGGAGCAGCAGGAAAGGCAAGCUCUAAUUGAAGCAGGUGUGGACUUAGAAGAAGAAGAGAGAGAAUUGAAUGAACGACGGAGAGCUGAGGCCAGGAUGGGUGCAAAACACCGGGAUAGCAAAUGGGCUAAAAGUCUGAAGCAGACCGGUCGUACGGCUUGGGACGCAGAAGCCCGACAGGGAGCUGCAGACUUGGCACAAAGAGAGGAGGAGCUACGGAAGCGAAUUGAGGGUAAACGCGUCUCUCGUGCUGAUGAUGAUGACUAUUUGGAUUCUUCGAGUUCGGAGUCCGAAGAUGAGGAUCCAUGGCGGGAGGAUGCCUCCGAUGUGGAGAAACGUAAAAUCAGUCAAAAGCUGAGCGCAAUCACGGCAGAAGGUGAACCUGCGGAGGAUAUCAAGGGACCUCACGCCAAGCUUUUAUCUAUGAAAUUCAUGCAAAAUGCUGAAGCCGCACGCAAAGAGCAAAACGAUAUAGAACUCAGGCGGCUCAAGCGAGAUCUCAAUGGCGAUGAACCACAAGCCGAAGCAGAACCUGAAGUUGGUCGCCGGAAAUUCGGUCAUUCUGGGAAUGAGAAGCCCCCGCAAAAGUCCAAGCCCCUUCCCAAGAACGAGUUUGAGGAGGCUGCGGAGUCAGAAGAUGAAGACUCUGAGCAGGAUAUUGAUAUUGUGCUUGAUCGCCCCAACAACCAGAAAUCUGCUGGCCCGGUUGCAAAAUCUGCAACACAAUCUACGCGUGGCCCCUCGAGUAAAAGGGACCAAGAUGCCGGGGAAGAAGAGAAUCCAUGGCUUGUCCAGACAAAUAGAACCAAUCGUCGACGGACAGCAGAUAAUUCUCACGAAGACGUGGAUAUCACGUUAAGCGAGUCCAGCUCUCGAGUUGACCGUGUUGAUCCCAAGGAUAGUUCCAGGGAUCAAAAGGUGAAGCAACCAACUCCAAAGCAGUCGCGUUCUGUCGAAGAUGACGAUGAAAGCGAUGAAGAGAGCAAGGUCCCGGUUCUUCUCAAGAAUCACGACCUCGUGAAGAGGGCGUUCGCUGGAGAUGAGGUCGUCCAGAAUUUCGAACAGGAGAAGCUUGACACCAUUGAGGAGGAAGGCGAUCAAGUCAUCGACAACACCCUCCCGGGAUGGGGCAGCUGGACCGGUCAGGGGAUCAGUAAGAAACAGCAGAAGCGUCAGAAGCGGUUCCUUACUACCGUCGAGGGAGUAAACCCCGAAGACCGAAAAGACGCGAAGCUGUCCCGAGUCAUAAUCAACGAGAAGCGGAUCCAAAAGAACAAAAAGUACCUUGCAACUCAGCUGCCUCAUCCAUUCGAGUCAAAACAGCAAUACGAAAGGUCCCUGCGCCUUCCUAUCGGCCCGGAAUGGUCUACGAAGGAGACCUUCCAGAACGCAACCAAGCCCCGCGUGAUGAUCAAACAGGGCAUCAUCAAGCCCAUGCAAAAGCCUAUGAUCUAGAAGAUGAUGGGGUCCUGUGCGUGCUGUUCGAACUGCACCGUCAGGCUGACAGUUGGUUCGACCUGUCACAGUCGCAUCGAAGCCGUAGUACAUAUAUUGAUAGGUUCCGGAAAAUAGAGUGUAUUGUUCAUGUGCCCC